AUGCAGAGCAGCUCAACGGGAGUGUGGCGGAGCCUUUAACGUUGAAGACAUACAUGUCACUGGCGCUGAUGAUCCACUGACAUCAGGCAUGUGGACCUGUAGGACUUUGACUGUCCAUGCUGAGUGAGCCCUGACAUGGUGCAACGUCUGUAGCUGUGCCACUCAAAAAGUCUGGCUGACCUCUGACCCUCUCACCAUGGACCACCGUCGAUCGCCCAGCGAUGGCUCACACUACAAUGUCAACGGUGCUUCUUACAGAACAUCUCACUCAGGGGGCAGAGUGGAUUUGCAGUCUCUGGCUGUGGAGGAGCAGGAGUCCAUUCAGUACUUGGAGGAGAUCAUCAACUCCUUGGAGAAGAGUCUGAAAGAGGAUGCACCAACCCCGGCUCAGGUCAGGCUACCUGAGAGCCGUCAAGACGACAGCUUGGAUGGAGCGUUUGCAAGUCCCAGUCCGAAGGCGCAUGUGGGUAUGACCUACCCUGAGGCCCGGAUGUCCGGCCCCAAAGAUGAUAUCAUAGAUCUAGUCAGGCCAGACCUGGUGCAGACCAAAGAACCAAGCUUCAGUCCCACCCAUCCAGAUUUUCAGAGUAAACUGUCAGUUCCUGAAAGCCACUUUGAUUUUAAGCCACGACAUGAACCAAUGGACAGCUUGUCUGCGGAGUACCAUCAUCUGCUUCCAAGUGGCACCAUGGGAACGACGGAAAACUCCUACCACCCUCCAGGAAGUAUCCCCACACCUGUCUUGAUCGCCCAGAAGAUAGCAGAGAACCAGGCAGGAGGAGCGUCUACCUUCAGUCCUUCCUCACUGCUGCGUCAGCAUAGCCCGGAGUCAGAGAAGCCCAGUGCUGAUGCACAUGCUCCCCCUCCUACUUCGGUAAAGCCUUCCAGAUUCCCUGCAAACAUCAGCAUGAGUGUUGGUAACAGAGAGCAACCCAGCCAGUCCCUUGCUAACGUGAACAUCCAUGAGCGAAAGGCUCAGAUGCUGGCAAACCUCUCAGGAACACAACAUCCAUUCCAAGAGGAGCUUCUGCAACCCACCGAGCCUAGAAAUACGCCGACUCGUAGUGUUUCCUUCAGAGAUCCUACUCCAGACAAGUCACGGAUGGAGGCGCUCUCAAAGUUGGGCCUGACCAGGAAUCGCGCCUUUUCUGGAGGUGCAACGCUGCUUACCGAUCCUGACAGUCCCUUGCGAGACAGCCCUGUCACUGCAGAUCGCAGUGUUAAGCCUGAGGAGCCUCGUGUCUCCCUACAUACAGAAAACACCACCAGUUUUCCAGAACCAAAUUUCCCUCCGCCGCCAGUCCAUGACAUUGAUGUUGAGACCACAACACAGGCAGGGAAAUCCGAUUCAUUCAAGCGACGGGACGAACGCAAGCCCCAAGGCAACCCCGCAUCCGCAGAAAGUACCGCUCCCGCUCUUUCAGAAGUCACAUCCCUAGAAUUUAACAGUUACGGGGGAAAAUCCAUAGUGGUCAAGCCUACCGCUUCAUCUAGGACCGAACCUGUUGCCUCUCCACCAGCCCAUGAUCCCAAACACCUCCCAGCAGGGUUGGCUAAGCCGUGCGAGUACAACUCCUAUGGCGGAAAGAGUAAAGUAAUGACCCCUGUUCCCGCUCCCAGAAGUGACCUUCCGGACAUACUCAGCUCACACAUCAACAAGAGUUAUACCCCGCCCCCCAAAUUAGACCCAACUCCCCCUGAGCUCAACAGCUACGGAGGAAAGAGCCGAACCAUCAUCCCUUCCGGUGGGUCAAGCCACCCUGCUAACAUCCCAACACGGACAGUGAAACCCCCGGCGCCAACCCCUGCUCCCAAACCCAACCGAAACACUUUCCACGGCACCCCCAGCAAGGCACCGGCACACAUGCCGCACACGGAUCACAAGCGCAGGAGUGGCUCGCUGUUCCGCCCCCAAGGCAUCACCGUGCAGUUUUCUGGACGAGGGGCCACGGAUGAAUCUCGAAAGGAGGCGCUGAGAAAACUUGGGUUGCUCAAAGAGUCUUAACACUCUGGAAAUGCAUUCUUUAGUCUGCCAAACCUGAAUCUCUGACAUCUGCCUUCUGGAGGUGGAGGUGUCAUGCUGGACAUUUUUCCAUUCGUGCCUGAGACUAAGGUGUGUUUGACGACAUAUCCAUUUACACAGGAAUGAAGCUCAAUCGAAUGAAAGACCUGUACAGCCAGUUUCGAAGAACCUGGCCUUCAGAAACUGUCAAACUUGUAUGACAGUGCUCAGCCUGCAAGUUUUACAUGACAUGUGUGUACGUUUUCAUACCGAUAGAGACGUCGCUCUGUCAUCUCAUGGCUCUGGCGUUUUCAUGUUCCUGACAUGAUCGUUGAAUCGCAGCCAAAGGAUGCAUAGAAUUAUCCCAGAAACAAAGCAAAGCAUUGAAUAAAGAAAAGGGCCCAAAAACUAACAGGGAAUUGAAUUUAAACUACAUAGAAAGUGCACUUCCACAGCACCUUUUACAGACAGAAGAGCGAGCUCCUCUGUCCACACAUGAUGCCACCUAAACAGUAUAUCACGAGGAAUCACAGUCCAUCUCUGACAGAAGCCUUCUAUCUGCUGUUUGUAUCUUACAUAUCAUUUUCAGAUCUCGUGGUAACAAAAGGCUGAAAACCAGUCAUUGUCAUCUCCAAAAAUCAAAACCUUUCUAACCAGCACUGACUUUACAUUUUUUACAACAAAAAAAAACCAUAAAGUUUAUACAAAGCUGAAUUUGUCCAUGUAUAAUGUAAGUUGUAUCUAUAUCACUGACAUUUUAUAUCAUUUUGUAUCAUGACUCUUACCUUUGUUACAUUGGGACUGUUUAUGUUUGCUAUUUUCGUGUCGUUAAAACAGCACAUAAAACUUGGUUUUUCUUACAAGCUUUGCAGAAAUGAAUCACUUAAGAUUCUUUAAAAAAAACAAACAAAAAAACUCUUAAGGUGGUUUUGGAAGACCAUUUUAUUUCCUUAGUUCCAUUUCUGAGUAAACACUGAGCAGAGAGAGUGAACUGAUCCGUAAGAUAUUUUUGAAACUCAAACCACACGGCCUGUGGUAUGCUUUUCUUUCAGAGGGAAUAUUUAAGGGCGAACUUAUACUUGGUAUUGUAUAUAACCCUAAAACCUCAGACUCUAGAGCUGGUGUAAUUUGGGUCUUUCUCUCCUGUUGUUUACAGUGUUUUUAAAAAUGUUGUAUCUACAAAUGUGUAAAUGUGUUUACAGUCAGGACUCCGGUUCCCUGUAGUUCAUCUACAGUCACUAUCGAAGGAUCUACAGUCUCACAGUGGAAUAUUUCAGCUGUGUGACGGUGUUGUUUACAGACUCCGGCUCGCUGUGGUUCACCCACGCUUAUUUUGAAGUAUCUCGUGGUGCAUACGGAUGGAAUAGAAAUAUAUUCUGUCAGUCCUUUUUCCUCUUCUCCAAAGAAAUGUACACUUACUACGUAUGGGCAAAACAAAGCUGUCGUCAAGUGCUGUCUCCUUUCUUUCUUUUCAAAAAGAACAAAUGUUUUUUUCUACUUGUUAAAGUUCUGUUAAUGAUUACAAAGAUCAUUGUUGUAUCUGUCCGACAGGGUUUCUUAGCAGGGACUCUGGAAUGUAAAGAAUAAACAAGCUGUUCAAUGAUUGUUCACGAGUGCUCAACGUUUUACCAACACGGACAUUCAAUAUGGGAGCUGAUUCGCUGGAAAAUCCAGCGUGCUGUGACGCAGAACCUCUCAGAUAGGUUGAUUUUUUUUACAAUGUUGUAGCCAUUUUUGGUUACGCUUCAGACUCGGGAACAUGUCCAUAA